CUGGGAGCUGGAGGAGCCGCGACUCAGCAGGCAUGACUGGAGAGGGAAAUCCCAAUGGUGCUAGAAUGGUGCUGCAGUGGCAGAAGACGGCUCAUGAGUGAGGUCUGGAAGAACAACAGGGAAGACAUCAUUUGCUCCAAAGUGUGCAAGUCAAAUCCUGGGCAGAAACAUGAUAACUCUGAUCACUGAGCAGCUACAGAAGCAGACUCUGGAUGAGCUGAAAUGCACACGCUUCAGCAUCAGUCUGCCUUUGCCUGAUCAUGCAGACAUAUCCAACUGUGGGAACCCUUUCCAGCUUGUAUCUGAAGGUGCUUCCUGGAGGGGCCUGCCUCACUGUUCCUGUGCUGAGUUCCAGGACAGCCUCAACUUCAGCUACCAUCCUUCUGGCUUGAGCCUACACCUUAGACCACCCAGUCGGGGCACCUCUCCACAAGAACAACCCCUCUCCCAAGUACUAAGCCCUGAGCCCCCAGACCCAGAGAAGCUUCCUGUGCCCCCUGCCCCUCCAUCCAAGAGGCACUGCCGCUCUCUCUCGGUGCCUGUGGACCUGUCUCGCUGGCAGCCUGCGUGGCGGCCUGCCCCCUCCAAGCUGUGGACUCCCAUCAAGCAUCGGGGAAGUGCUGGAGGGGGUGGGCCGCAGGUGCCUCACCAGAGCCCCCCAAAGAGGGUCUCCAGCCUCAGGUUCCUCCAAGCUCCCAGUGCCUCUUCUCAAUGUGCCCCAGCCCACAGACCCUACAGCCCUCCUUUCUUCAGCCUGGCCCUGGCUCAGGAUUCCUCUCAACCCUGUGCCACCUCUCCUCAGAGCGGUUCCUGGGAGAGUGAUGCUGAGUCCCUGUCACCUUGCCCACCCCAGCGUCGCUUCUCCCUGUCACCCAGCCUGGGCCCACAGGCAAGCCGUUUCUUGCCCUCUACUCGGAGCUCCCCUGCAUCAUCCCCAGAGCUGCCCUGGAGACCUCGAGGUCUCCGCAAUCUUCCCCGAAGCCGCUCACAGCCUUGUGAUCUGGAUGCACGCAAAACUGGGGUCAAGCGGCGUCUAGAAGAAGACUCCCGGCGCCUUCGGCCUUCUUUGGAUUUUGACAAGAUGAAUCAGAAACCAUACUCAGGAGGCCUCUGUCUCCAAGAAACAGCUCGAGAAGGCAGCAGCAUCUCUCCACCGUGGUUCAUGGCCUGUAGCCCACCACCUCUCUCUGCUUCCUGCAGCCCUGUUGAGGGUUCAUCCCAGGUGCUGAGUGAAAGCGAAGAGGAGGAAGAGGGGGCUGUUCGGUGGGGACGACAGGCACUAAGCAAGCGGACACUGUGUCAGCAGGACUUUGGGGACCUGGACCUGAAUCUGAUUGAGGAAAACUAAAAUUGAGAGGCUACUUCCUGGGGCCACACAGACUGAUUGUCAUAUGGCUACUAACAAGUGUGAAGGCCCCAAGGCUGAGAGCCCAGCCUGGGAAAGGGGGUGAGUGGAGGGCUCCGACUCAGGGCAGCCGAAGUCUCCUCGCUCCAGCAAGCUCGACCAUGCCAAGAGACUGGCCGGGACAAGAUAAACAGAGCUGGUGGCGGGAGGGACAUCCCCAGAGCAGACUCCCUGUGGCGGCCCUGAGUGUGAGUAUCCCUGCCCCUGAGAAAGCAAUGGGCAGGGAAGGAAGGGGUCUGUUGACCCCAGCUCGGGGAAUUUCACUAGCCCCUUUGCUUCAAAGGGCACUUGUGUCUUAGAAUUUGGCCAGGGUUGGGGGGGUUCGUUCAGCCUCCUUGGAGAAAUUGUGUGAGUGUGUGUGCGUGUGUGUGUGGGAAUAUACUUGAGGAAAGGUGUUUGUGUAGCCUUAGGGAAGGAAGGCAGUUGCUCCUUUUAACAGCAGAGCAUCAGGAUACCCCCAGAAUCUUGAGUUUUUAAUAUGACAGUGGGCUUGUUCAAGGAGUCGAGGAGAGGGGGCUCCAAAUUUUCCUUUUGUCUUACUAGCUCUGGAACCAGGCUUAUAAUCCAUAGCAUCACUUGCUCUGCAAAGGGUUCUCUGUUGGGGUCUAGCAGAGUCUUUUAAGUGCUGUAACCUCAGCUAAUAGUCUUUUUCUCAGUCCCACUCUCUCCCACUAGAUAAAUCUAGUAUUGAGGGUUUGUAGGAAGAUUGCCACAUUUAUUCUGAGCUGAUCCUUUUGUUUUCAUCAGAUUAUCUAAACUAUUGUAUACAGCCUGCCUUGCUUGUUCUCUGAGUGCAAACAUAGACCACUGAAGCAGAGCUGAGGGGCUCCCUCUUUUCUUCACCAGGGGACCCUUUCAUCUUCUGAUCGAUAAGAGACAAGGUUGAUCACCAGGAUAUAUUGAGGCAGACCUGCAGCAGGAGCAGUGAUAUUCAGUCCCCAGCAGCCCUGAGCCCACCCAGCAAUGCCUUUUGAAAGCUGGUUGUUGAGAAACCUGUUCUUGCAAGAUCUAGGCCCAUAACGCUCUCCUGACCUGCUUGAGAAAGAGGAAGGGUGUUCAGCAUUUAAUAGUUUGCUUGUCUUCCACUUUUGCCAGGAAAUGUUUAUUUGCCUCUAAUUGGCCCUGAGAGAACCCUGGGGCUCACUGAGGGAUUGGCUGAGGAUGUGUAAAGCAAAGGCUGUGAGAAGCAGCUGGGAGUUUGUUGUUGGAUUGAAUUUCCUUUUUUGUUUCUCGCCCACAACUUGAGCCAGGGUAGCAGGUCCCAGUGGCUACAGUGAUGGAUUUAAGGAUUGCAGAUACCUUUGUAGCUGGCAUUGGUGGAUCUGCAUAUAGAAGCUGCCACUACUGUAGGCUUUUUUAGAAGACCCUGCAUAACCAAAUUGGACCUGCCCUUCCCAUUUUUUACAAGGGCAUUUUUCUGUUCAGUUUCCAGAAUAUCUUAGACCUCAGUUCCUCACGUUUCAGAAGACUAAGGUCUGUGUUUUUUCUUUGUGGAAUUGAGCCUGAUGUUUAUUGCUUCUCCCACAUAUUAGCUAGGACUACCACUGAGGCUUUAGCCUCCUUGCCUCCACUUCAGGGGAGGUGCCCGUGUCUUCUCGAGCUUGUGGCCCUCAGAGGCUUUAGUUUUCUAAGCUCUUCCCUAUCUCCUGGCUAGUUUCCACAUACUAUCACUGGGCUACCAGCCUCUAAGGGCCUAAGAGAGGCUCUCUGGAGAAUCAGGAAAACUGAGCCCAGGAGUUACCCAUCCUCGUUUUCAUCCCUCCUCUGGUUCUUCUCCCUCUUUGGUCCAUAAUUUCCCUAGUGCCAGUUUAUCUCCUGGUGCAUCCUCAUCCUGGGGCGCUCUGCUGCAGGUUGGCAGUGCCAGCUUUUUGUAGGUCCUGGCAAUGCCAUUAGGGUCUCUGCAGGUCCUAAGCUUAAGUGAAGGCAGUAGUUCUGUCACCAUCCUAGCUUUCCCCAAACCCUAGGUCACCAUCUUUAGGAAAGAAGGCAUACAGUCAUAUUUUAAUUCUAUUAUUUUAAGUCUGGAAAGUUAAACUAGUCAGAACUAUCAUUUUGCUUCCAAAUCUAAGCACCUCUGGCCCUGGAACAAGCCUUUUCAAGAAGUGAAUUAUUUUGCUUGAUACAAUAGAUCUGUUCCAAAAGUUCUAUGUAAACCAAAUGCUUACUUUUUUAAAUGCAUUUGGAUUGCUGACCAUUUAAAAGCAGCCUAUGAUUGCUUCUUUUGUAAAGCAAGCAACCUUCCUGUACUUUGUUUUAAAUAUUUGGGUUUUCACAUAUUGGGCUUACUCAGAGUGGAGCACACCUCCAGGGCUUGUGGCUGACACUGAGUAGAUGUCUGCAUCUGUGCUGCGUGUAUGAUGUGGCUGGCCAGUAGGUGAGUAUUCCUGCGUGUGUGAGUGAAGCCACUCCCAGGCUGAUGCUCUCCUCCUGUGCCCGGUGACUGCCCAGUGGCAGCCCCAGCUGCCCUUCACUCCCACCUGCUGCCAAAGUCCCUGUGCUAAUGGGAUUACAGAAACAAAAAGUGGAAAAAAAAAAUUUUUCGUAAACUUUGUUUUAUAUUAAAAAAAAAAAUCCAUAAGUCUGUGUGUGUUAAAACAUGAGGUUCUGCCUCUGUGGCUGUGUUUGAAAAAAUAAAGUUUUAUUAGAAUAAUCCAUUUUCCCAAGCAA